AGACAACCAGUGCAGCCCAAACCCAAAAUGCAACCUUCUUGCGUUUCGCCAGAGAAUCCUGAAUUUUGGGGAAAGCCAGCUCCCAAAGUCAGCCUUGCACGCUCACUCUGAGACUCAUACAUCUCCGGCGGCAGCACCAGCACCAGCAACAGCAGUCACAUCCCUCUCGAUAGAUCAAGCAGGGACUGACUGCCCUGAAGCAUAGCCAUGGUUUUUUCCAGUCUCAACCCUGGUCGACAGACCUACCACCUGUGGCGGCGCUUUUCCAUGCCCACAAUCCACGGGUCCCGAGACGCCAUCGCGGUCCCCUCCGAUGUCGCCAACCAGCUCAACUCGGCAUACACCUUCAUGGUGCAGCUGAUCAUUAUCGACUUCUGGGUCAUCCUGAUUCUCGCGGGCGUCGUGCUCUUCUUGGGCAAAGAGAAACACAGCCACAACAGCGGGGUGAUCGCCACGGGCAUUUGGAACGCAAAGGACUCGCCGAGCGUCAUCUUCAAGCUGACGGGCUCCUACUUCUUCAAGAUCAAGGACCGGCGGCGCGUGCACCUGUUCUGGUGGACGUUGAUAGCCGGCGCUUUUGUUGUCGCCAUCUACGCCAUCCCCAUAAAGGUCGCGCCGUACAUCAUCAUCGACAACGCCGCGCCUGUUGCAGCCACCUCCAUCUACGUCCCAUCUUUGAGUGGCCCGGACGACGAGAAGAACAGUGUGCAGAUCAAUGCGCUCGAGGCGCCAUCGGCAUUUCGCGCCGCGGGGAGUGUCCUGGUCGCCAACUCCACGGGCCGUACGCACGUUUCCGUCGAUCCGCCCGAGACGAUCCAAGACCUCGGCGACGGUGAGGCCGUCGUGCGUGUAGGAUACAGCUACAACAUCACGGGGCUGGACUUUGGCCUGCAACACUAUCCCGACCUGGUCCUGAGCGUCCAGGGGUCGUGCCAAACAGACUAUUCCUGGCUCCUGGCCGAAUCGGUCGACGACUCCAACAUCAUCCGGGACGAAUACCUGCUUUUCAAUGACCCAAACAUGGGCACGCAGAAUGUCUCGUUUUACGAUAGCGCCAGGCCCCUGGGUUAUUUCUUCCUGGGCGCCCUUUCUCCCACGGGACCCGCAGCAAAUUUUACCUGGGGUGCUUUGGUCUCCUCCGUGCAGCGAGAGAGUAUCACGGCCGGCACAGAUCCUUGGUAUCUGACCGUCCCUGACGGCGGCAGCGAUGUGGGCUUCAUCGUCAAGGGUGGAAGACCGGCGCUGUCGUGCUGGCAGAAUGACGUCUGGUCAUACCGUGGACACCAAAGCACGGCCGUGGCCCUCGACUCGACCUCUCUUCCCGGCCUGGAGCUCUCGCUGGGCUUGCAAACCGUCUUGGCUCGCUUUCUGUCGGCGCCCAAGAUCGUCAACGUGGCCACUCGCCUGGGUGCCUCGGCGCUCGUGUCUACGGACACUUCGCUGGGCGAAAAGUUCGAUGCCGGCUCAUCCAGCUUCCGCGACGAUCUGGAGCGGCUGGUGUUCGCCUCAUACAUCGCCACCAUGAACACGCUCACCGACACCACGCUGUUCUCCACAAACAACUACGGCAUCUCGAACGUGGCCACCGGGUCCGACGGCAAGCCAAGCCCGGGGGUCGACGCGUUCGUCAUCUGGAGCAGCAACGUGUCGACGCUGUCGAUCCUUGCCCUCAUCAUCAUCCCCGUCAUGACGGUCACCAUGAAGUUGAUUGUUUGGGUUCUCACAGACCUGCCCUUCUCUUGGUACCGCAUCCAAGCCUUGCAAGCGACGGUGCUGUACAGCUGUCUGCACGAGAAAGCCACUGGCAACGCCGACGUGGAAUGCAACCGCAAAGACGAUCGACCGUGGGUGAAGAGAGGAGACCAUGAGCAGGGUGUGUUCAGGCCACGCUUCGACAGAGAGAGUCGGACGCUCAGUUGGGGUGCAGGCGAACAUAAGGAAGUGAUCCCUGGGGUCGGGCCAACGCCGUUAUCCCCAAGAGGCACCAUGAACCUCGAAGUACCACAGACCAAUGGUACGAAAGAGUACUUCGGGCCACAAUCUCAGAGUCACAGCCAGGCUGCAAACGAGAAGCCAGCAUCGGACGUCCAGACGCAGAUUUCCAGCGUCCUCACACCGUCAUCUGUGGAUCAACCACUCCUACCUGGCCCUCGGUAGCUCCGUUGUCGAAGCAAAUAUUGCGCCGACGAAGAGGUAUCCUCGUACUUGGAAGAAAGUGGGAACUUGGCGGCCUCUGCUGGCCUGAAC